AUGGCGAUUCUAUGUGAAUUCUUAAACUUCCUAUUACAACACAACGAAGAAAUUUACGGCUGUGAGAUUAAAAGGCAAGUAAUAUUCGAGCACAAAGAACUUAAACUUCGUGCAAAGGUCCUCAACGGAAGAACCAACAAUGACGUGCAUUCUGUGAAGAUUGAGAGCUGUAUGAUCACUAAAGUCCCAAUUGGGCUCUCAACUUACUUCAUUAACUUAAAGGUGUUGCACAUAAAUGAGUCAAAGUUGAAGAAAAUCACCAAAAAUGACUUGACUGAGUACAAAAAUUUGGAAAAAUUCAUCUGUACAGACAACGAAGUUGAACAUUUGCCAUUUGACUUGUUUGAGGACCUCAAAAAUUUGGAGUUUAUCGACUUUAGUGGAAAUAAGUUGAAAAUCAUCGACCCUAACAUUUUUGAUGGACUUGACAAAAUUAAUCAUAUCAAUUUACGUCGUAAUCCAAACUACACCAAAUGCUUCUCAAUCUACCCAGCGUACGUUCCUAAUGCUACUCUUGAUGGCCUCAAAACUCAACUUUAUGACAAGUUUCUGUUUGAUUCUCAAAAUUUAAAGACCUUGCUCAGUCAAUUUAAGCAAAAGAUCCAGGAAAUCAGAGCUUACGAGGAGAACCAAAGGUCAGCAACCUCAGCAUUUAAGACAACUCAGGAGCUGAAGACUUUAGCGUCAAAAUUAAAUCUGGAAAAUCAACAACUUAAAGAUUCCAAUGCAAAAUUAAAAACCGACUUUGAGUACGAAAAGCUCAAAAAUGCCAAACUGCUCCUCAACUUCCAAAAAGGCAUUUUCUUUGACCUCUCAGCGCUCAUUCAAAAUGAAGCUACAAAAGACUUUCAGAUCACAAUUGACGACCACAAAUUCCUAGUCCACAAGUUUUUGCUCAUCGCACGAAGUCCAACUCUGGCUGAAUUGCUGAAAAACAACUCUGAAGUGGAAAACUUAAAUUUACUUGACAUUUCCGUGGACAUUUUUAAGAUAAUUCUUAAAUUUCUCUACACUGAUGAACUUCCAGGUGACGACGGUACGAACUUUCUGCUCCUAUUUGCUUCUGCUGGAAAAUUGAAGAUUGAGGAACUAAAGGAUUACUCAGCAGGAAAGAUUGUUGCUCAAGUUAAUGCAGAAAAUGCAUUUGAGGUGUUCAAGUUGGGUUACAAGUAUAAUCAUGGGAGGUUGAGGGAACGAGCUUUUGAAGAGAUUAAGAAAAAGUAUCCAAAGAUUGAGUUCAAGGAUGAAUGGUCGAUUGAUUUGCAUAAGAUGGCGAUGAUCAUCGAUGGAUUUAUGAGAAGGGAAGAGGAAAUUAUGAAGUUGGAGGAAGAAAUUCAAAGAAUUAAGGAUGAAUUCAGUUAUUUGACAAUGGAUUGA